UCGCGGGAAUUUCCCAAUUUAAUUGCGUAGUAUUCAAGCAGACCACAUGCAGCACGUGGCAUCACACUGUUUACUUCCGCCGAAAUGGAUCUGAGAUUGGUUACAGUCCUGUUGUAUGCCUUGGUCCAGGUAUGCCACUCCGCAUCCGAACCUACAUUCGAAAUUGAAACAGAUUGUACGUAUGAAGAUAACCUGGUAGAAGUGGUAUACUAUGGUGACGCUAUGGCCGUAUAUGCUGUCAAUAGCGAGGGUGAAGAAUUUGAAUUUGAAGAAGAUUUGGGUGAAACUGUCUCAUGGACAUUGUAUUUAAAACUAGAAAAAGACUUGGAAACUGAUCCUAUUUUUGAUAAAACACCAGGUAUGGAAGUGUACCAAAUAUUGGUCCAGGGAAGGAAAACUAUUAAACAAAUCAAAUCAGAUGGCGACCCUGAGGCUAUGAUACAAUGUAGCUAUAUGACGUAUGCGGAUGAUGUAGAGGGAGGUUCCGAAUUGACAGAACAGAUACAGAGUCCUGAGAUUAUCGUCAAUAAUACUGGAAGCGUAGCCGAGUCUAAUUUUACCGUUUCAAUUGUAAAAAUUAAUGAACAGCCAUUUACCAAUAAAAUUCGUAUGGGACGUAUUGUGAAACUGAAAGCUACAAUGACAGGAACUGUAAAUGAAACCAAAUUCCAUGUUACAAACUGCAACGCCUUCUCAACAGAUUUAAAUGCGACAUCAGUUGUACUUAUUGAUGGAUGUGGAACAGGACAUCCAUUUAAGAAUACUCAAGGUUUUACAUUACGAGGUUUGUCCGCUAUAAGUCCAAGCUUCCAGAUGUUUCGAAUCAAACGAACACAAGGAAUUUUAUUUAAAUGCAGCUUCGUCAUAUGUAACGAUGAGUGUCCAGAGAAUUCCUGUCAAGGUAGCAGUAAACGUCGCAAACGUGAGGCUGACGGUGAAUUGGAAUUCAGUUUACAGGAUAAACAAUCGGACAAUGGAAACCGCCGACAUAUACAUUCUAAUACAAACCAAUACCGUAAUUCUCAGGACGUCAUUGAAGUGCCGGAAAACCAACCGAGGCUCCAUACGGGAAAGAUAGAUGUUAAUAAAUUGUUACCAGUUCUUCUUGAAGACCGUUCCAGGAGCAGUGUAGAAGACGUGAAGUUAAUACGUGGAGGACUUAUAAUAAAUGUACCAUCCAGAAAUGGAAACUUUAAGGGAGAUAACUCUUAUGUAGGAACGUCUAAUGAUAUCCAAGUUGUGGGUGGUGAAGAUUUUGGCAUACCAUUUGAAGAAAUGUCUAAAAAUAAUCGAGUUAUUGAAUCUGUAUCUACACACACAAUAACUCUAUCUGAUUCUUCUAACAAUUCCGUACCUCCAAAUGCAGCAGACAAAGAAAUCAUUGGAAUUCAUACUGAAUCAAAAAAGAAAUCAAACAGACCCAGCAAUAUGAACAAAGACAACUUAGUCCCGAAAAACAGUAAAACAUCAACAGAAACGAGUAAAGAACACCAAGAAGCGAAUAACUUUGAUUCAAAACAGUCUAUUGCAUCUUCAGAUCAUAAAAAGAUCAUAGAAACCAAAAUUGUAUUAUCUGCCAAGGACACAAAUAAUGGGAAACCGGCUGAUUCACUUGUUCACCAAACAUCUCACUUGAAUGUUUUUGAUAUUGACCGAAAUUCUGAAAAAUCUAAAUCGACAGAGAUGAAACCUCGCCUGAAGAAUUUGAAUUCAUCGAUACAAAAUACUUCAUCUGCGCAUGCUCUCUUUAUUUCAGUUAUCAUUUCAUUACACGCGAUAUUUGCAUAAAAUAAAGCCGAUUUUGGGUAUUAAGAUUAAAUAGCAAUAGACAGAUCUUA